CAUUGGAUUUGGCUUACAAGAAAACCCUUGUUGGUGCUUGAACUGCAAAGUCUACCUGCUUGUUUUGCUCCUGCAAAGAAGGCUGUUGUAUGUUGCUUCUGUCUGAAGUAUCAUCUAGCCAAUCACUUUGAACUAAGAGUAUCAUCAAAUGAACAGAACCAGAACCCAAAGAAUGCUAUAACCAGAAAUAUGUCGGGCAACAUGGAUCACUCGAGGAGUGUCAUGUUCAUGGUAAUGAAGCUGCUGUGGUGCACUUAUCCUGUUCCAAAUUCCUGUUUUCCCAUCAGCAUGGUCAAAGUCUUAUUAUUAUGAUUGAGGGGCGGGCUACACUUGCAGGUAUCUCCGAUAACGACACUUUUGGGUGCUAAUGUUUGAUUGCUAGUCUUUGAAGUAAAUCCCACAUUCAUAUUCCAGUGUCCAAUGUGACUGACCAAAGGUGGACAUCAAAGAAAGAUCUGCACGAGUGAAAGCAAAAGCCUGCUGUACACAUUGCUUUGACGAGGGCCAACCAUUCUGUCAUCUCGUAGCCAUUGUCCUCUUCCGUGUGAGAAAUGGGUGGCCUGGGAAGGGAGAACACUUUGCAAGUUGUUUCUAUCCUGCUUUAUCCUAAUUCCACAGCUGUAGCCCGGUCACAGUUCCUUUCCUCAUCAGCACAGGGUUGAAGGAAUUCCAAUAAUAAGUUGCAUGAUUGGUGGGAGGAGAGAUUCAUGGCUAUCAAGAUACUUUUGGGCACAGUCUUGUCUGCCAUAUGGAACAGCAUAAUGAUGGUAACUCUCCUCAAACCCACCACUUCAUGCUUUUGGAUGGGUUAGCAGAUGCAGUGGAUUCAUCAUGAACUUAUCAUGACAGGGCCAAUAUCAAUUUACCUAUCCUCUAUGAUUUUAGUACAAUCUGAGCACACUCCAAAAUUGUGUGAUCAGAUUAUGCCAGAGUACAACUUGAGAGCCAGCAGAAUCCAUGAAAUUAGACUCGGUUGCAACACCAAUGACUUCCUUCCUCUUCCUGCUCCUCACAAUCACAUCCAAUCCAACAAUGAGAUCCUAAAGAAUCCUCCUAGCUAACCUUUUCCAUGGGGCAAGGCUUAAUUGGUCUGAUAUUAUAUUGAGCUAUCAAGAGCAUCAAGACCUUGCAGAAUAAUCAUUCAAUAGGUCUCACCAUUUUCUGGCCACAACAUUCAACAUCCAACACAAAGGUUGUCAGUCUCAAGAAUACUGUGCCUACUGUGAUUCUUCUCAAAGGAGCAGAUAAGUCCAAAGCCCCUUUGAAUUAGUCCAACUUUGACUGGGCUAAUUCAGAUUGAUCGUCCAAUUAUUUUGUCCAACACCUCAAUUGAUUACGCUGCGCAGGAUACUGACAAGCAAUUGCCACCCCCAGUCUUUGUUGCAUCUGUAGUUGCUAUCCGAUUCUUCCCCACCAGGACAAAACUCCUCGUCUCCUCUUAUUUGUUCCUGUGGUUGUCUUCUUUGCAUCCCUCAUCCAAACCCUGUUCAAGCAGCUGUACACUGCUAUCAGGAUUUCCCUUCCCUUCCAAGCUGUGUCCUACCGAGCCAUCCCUGCUGAGUUAAAAGAGUGCAACCUGGGAUCUGAUUCAGAAACAACUAGACAGCUUUUAUCCUAUCAGAGCUACUCCCUCCACCAGAGUGAGUACCAGGAUGAGCAUCCCUGAACUGUUCAGGUGUCCGAUUAGCCUAGAAUUGUUUGCCGAUCCAGUUACUCUCAGCACGGGACAGACAUACGACCGAGCUAGCAUCGAGAAAUGGCUUGGCUAUGGGAAUUCAACAUGCCCGGUGACAAUGCAGAGGCUUCACGACAAGUCGCUCGUUCCCAACCACACCCUCCGGCAUUUGAUCGAACAGUGGUUUCUCACUGCCUCUAUCCACGGUGACGGUUCAGUGUUGAUGGAUCCAAUCAACAGCAUGGAUAUCUCACUGUCUGAGCUCAAACGAAACCUCCGAUUGCCGACCUCUACCCUCACGACAAAGCUCGAGACACUCAGAAUAAUCAAGGUAUUGUCGUCGGAGUCGAGCGUAAGGCAGGCCAGCCUAGUUCAGGCAGGCUUCUUCCAGUUGCUGCUCCAUGUGCUGUUCCAAGCUCCGGUCGCCCACAAUGCCGAGGUCACAGAGCUAGCUCUUGAUGGCGUUCUGAAUCUGUUGCCUUCGGCGGAUUUGGAGUCGCUAAACAUGCUGAGGAAGGAGAGCAGCUUGACUCAGCUAGUGUUCCUCUUGGACCAAAGCAAUGUUAAGAUCAAGACCGCCUUGUGCUGCUUGUUGGAGACGAUCGCUGCGUGUUCUGCGACGCAGGAGCUGUGCCUCAUGUUAGGACGGCGGCAGCGGGUUCUGCAAAUCCUGGUCUCGCUUCUGCAGCAAAAAUCGGACGCCCAGGCUUCCGAAGCCGCUGUGAGAGCAGUCUGCAGCCUGUGCUCAUCGGAAGCCAACAGAGCCACUGCGAUCAGAGAAGGCGCUGUGGACGGCCUCAUCGCUUACCUCGCGGACACGGGAUGUGCUCCGAGGUCGAGGAACCGAAGCGCCGCGCGCGCGUUGGCCACACUGGAGCUUCUUCUGGGCCUCGAGAUCGGCAAAAGGAAGAUGAACAAGAACCCAGACGCAAUCGCGACCCUGGUGAAGAUGGUGUUCCGAGUUCCCUCCGACCAACGAGGCAGUGAGCACGCCGUCGGGUCGCUGCUGCUGGUGUGCUGCGACUCCGGGACGGUGCGGAGAGAAGCCAUCGACGCCGGGGUUUUGACGAAGCUACUGCUGCUGCUGCAGAGCCAGAGCAGCGCCCAGGCCAAGACGAAGGCCAGAGCUCUGUUGAAGCUGCUUAUACCUGUAAUCAAAAAACAAGUCCUGUGAUCUCUGUGCAUACUUCUUGUGAAAUGGAAUCACGAGUUCUCCUGCA